AUGGAGGUCGAUGAUGUUAACACUGAGUUUCCGAUCUCUCUGAAAGCCAAAUACCAAAUUGUUGUAUCGGAUAAUAUAACACCUGUUAUUGUGCCAUCAGAGAAGAUUGGUCUUAAGAAGCUGGAUGGUUCAGAACAAAAUGAAAGGCAUGUAGUUCAAGCCGUUACAUCUGGAGAUGCAAAAGUUCCAAUUCCUAAAGUAGAUAGAAUCAUAAAAGCAGAAGCUGAGAAAAGUUCUGUCUAUUUUUCAUGCCCACCAAGAUGUUUUAUUUAUGAUUCAACUUUUUAUGAGCCACUCAUUUAUUACUGCGAUAAAACAGAUAUAGAAUUUAUUAGAGGUUUUAACAGCACACAUAAAUUCCUUCAAAUGACAACAAAACAAUUAGAACAAGUUUUCAUCGCGAUCGAAGGCAUUGUGAAAGAUUUUCUCACAGAAAAUCCAACCAUCGAUCAAGUAUUAAUUCUACUCGAUGACAAUGCUCCUCCAUAUCCUGUUGUAAAAGCAAUAUUCGAUCACUGGAUGUCUCGUCCAAAGCUUGCAGGUUCUGUUUUGCGCUUUGAAGAGUUUCCACCAGACCACUGCGGCAUUAGACAAAACCAUAUUAAAACAAUAACGAAAUCCAACAAAGUUAGAAAAUCGAUGAAUGACUUUUCAUAUCUGCGCCGUUUGAAGGAUGAACUCGCACUUGUUAGACAGAAACGUGAAGAUGCAUACGCUCUUCUUGAGGAACAAAAUAAAAAACGAUCAGAGAAUAUUGUAUUUUUACGUCAGAUGGCAAGGAAAGCCCAGGCAAAGGGUGAAAGUAUGAUAUCUUUAGUACUUGAACCUGCUUUGAUAUCAACUAAGCCUGUUUCUCAGUAUGAUGCUGUUCCAAAUAUUAAGUCAACCCUUCCACCUCCUCCAACCGUUCCUGCUUUCUUAAAUUGGUGCCAAGACCAAAAAUUAGGAGAAAUAAAUGUUUGA